AUGGGUGACUCUAUUUCAGAGGGUUCAGUAGCCUCUGUGGAGAAGAAACCAGGUGAUGUCGUCAGGGAAGACGACGUCCUGCUGCAGAUCGAGACAGACAAGGUCACAAUAGAUGUGCGCUACACUGGAAGCGAGCCUGGCACAGUGAAGGAGAUCCUUGUGAAGGAGGAUGAUACGGUGUCAGUGGGACAGGAGGUGGUGAUUGUGGAUGCCGGCAAUGUGCCUGACGAUGACUCAGCAGGUGAUAAGGCCCCCGAGAAGGAACCUGAACCUGCGAAGGCACCUCAAAAGAAGGCUGAGGCGGCCCCCAAGCCACCCCCCAAGCCAGAGAAGAAGGCCGAGCCGGCAAAGCCAAAGCCGGCCCCCUCUGCGCCCCCGGCACAGGCUGAAGGCCAAAGCUUGAAGCCGGAGAGGCGGGUGAAGAUGACCCGGUUGAGAGCGCGGGUGGCAGAGCGAUUGAAGGGCGCUCAGAACACAUACGCCAUGCUGACCACCUUCAAUGAGAUUGACAUGACCAACCUCAUGCAGUUGCGCGCAGACUUCAAGGACCUGUUCCUUGAAACACACGGCGUGAAGCUGGGCUUCAUGUCAGCAUUUGUCAAGGCGUCUGCAGACGCGCUCCUCAAGGUGCCAGCAGUGAACGCCGUCAUAGACGGGGAUGAGAUCAUCUACCGCGACUACACCGACAUCUCCAUCGCUGUCGCCACCCCCAAGGGCCUCGUCGUCCCGGUGCUUCGUAACGUCGACUCCCUCAGUUUUGCAGAGGUGGAGAAGACGAUCAACGGUCUGGGCAAGAAGGCGCGCGAGGGCACGAUCAGCAUCGAUGACAUGGCGGGCGGCACAUUCACCAUCUCCAAUGGUGGCGUGUAUGGCAGCCUGCUGUCCACGCCCAUCAUCAACCCUCCCCAGUCCGCCAUCCUCGGCAUGCACUCCAUCAACCAGCGCGCCAUGGUGAUGGGCAAGGAGAUUGUGGCGAGGCCCAUCAUGAACGUGGCCCUGACCUAUGAUCACCGCCUGAUCGAUGGGCGUGAGGCAGUCACCUUCCUGAAGCGCGUAAAGGACAUUGUGGAGGACCCCAGAAGGCUCCUAAUUGAUGUGUGA